AUGCUUCUUCGGCGGGCGCUUUCUGGGUUACGACAGUGCGUAGCGGCUAUCCAUUGUGGUUUUACGGGCUCAUCAUCUUUGGCUGCAAUUCCAUUCGUGAUAGAAAGUGAAGGACGAGGCGAGCGCUCAUAUGAUAUCUACAGUCGAUUGCUGAGAGAUCGUAUAGUUUGUCUUAUGACACCGUUCAACGUAAUUUAUAGUUUUCAUGUGGAUGACUUUGUUGCGUCGUCUGUGAUCGCGCAAUUGCUAUUCCUUCAAAGUGAGAGCAGCAAGAAACCGAUUCAUAUCUACAUAAACAGCCCAGGUGGGAGCGUUACUGCAGGUCUUGCAAUCUACGAUACUAUGCAAAUGAUCUCUGCUCCAGUUGCAACUUGGUGUGUUGGUCAGGCAUCAAGCAUGGGUUCAUUACUGUUAUGUGCAGGAGAGAAGGGAAUGCGUACGGCGUUACCCAAUUCACGCAUAAUGGUUCACCAACCAAGUGGUGGAGCACAGGUCCGUUGA